AUGAGGAGCUCCGUGUGGCCAGGGCUGUACAUUGCAGCUGGCAUUCUGCUCCGCGUCGGCCUCUUGCUUUGGGGUCAGCAUCAGGAUGCCAACCACGCCGUUCCCUACACCGAUGUCGACUACUACGUCUUCUCCGACGCUGCCAAGAUGGUCGUCGACGGCUGCCCGCUCUCGGCCAUCAUUGAGCAUCUCGACUACGACUCGGACAUCGAUCUGUCGGGCCGCAAGGACGUCCAGUGUGCAAACGGCAUCGUGCCCGAAUCGGCGCGCUUCCUGCUGCUCAACGACCCCAACAGCCAUGCGCCUACCGACGGUCUGCGUCCGGACGAGUCGGAUGCAAUGUACUACUGGGCCAAACGCUCGUACCGGUUUGCAAAGCCGGCAUUCGAUCUGUUCGCCUCGCUCGGAGAUCCGUAUGCGCGCCCCACGUACAGGUACACGCCCUUCCUCGCGGUGCUGCUCGCGCCCAUCCAUCUGUUCGGGUGGGCCGACUUUGGCAAGUACAUCUUUGCCGCGAGCGACCUGCUGUGUGCAGUGUUCAUGUGGCUCAUCCUCGACGGACGCCGCCCGCAAGCCUCGUCCGCCGGAGUAUUUGUGCAUCUCCCAGGCUUGCUGUGGAUUCUCAAUCCCAUGGUCGCCCAGAUCUCGACGCGCGGGUCAUCAGAGUCGCUCGUGGGGCUCUUUGUCCUCUCCUUCCUCUACUUCUUCCUCAAGGCUAACCCAGAGGCGCCGCUCGGUCUCAGUGCAAAGUACCUGCCCGAGUUCGGUUUUGCCUCGGCCUCAGCUGAUGUCGACAACAAGGCGGGAAAGGCGAAGGAUGUGGUGGCAGCUGCUACUUACGAGGCACUACCGCCCGAAAGCGCUUCGAGUCUGCUCGACUGGUCGCUCGAGGCGUACGUCGCACCUACGCUGCUGGGCUUGGCGACCCACCUGAAGCUGUUCCCCGUCAUCUACGCGGUGCCCGUGCUUGCGCACCUGUACCGAUCGACGGUCACCGCGUAUGCACCCGAGCGUCGCGCGUCGCUCAGCCUCUGGACACGACACGCGGCGGGCAUCCAGUUUGGCUUUGUGGCGUUCUACGCCUUCAUGGCGGCCAACGUGGCUGCGUGGGCCGUAUGGGGGACGCCUUUCAUCGAGCAUACCUUCCUCUACCACCUGCGCCGCGCCGACCACCGCCACAACUUUAGCCCCUACUUUCUCGGCACGUAUCUGUCGCUGUUUGCGGCCCCGGCACACGAUGGCUCGGUGGUCGAGCGCGUGCUUGCAUCGCCGCUGCUGUCGUUCCUGCCGCAACUGAGCGUUGUGGUUGCGCUCGGAUACCUCCUGGGCAAGCGCGACGUGGUGGCAGCCAUGACGGCACAGACGAUCGCCUUCGUCGCGUUCAACAAGGUGUGCACCAGCCAGUACUUCCUCUGGUUCCUCUGGCUCCUACCGCUCGUGUGGCCCAGCCUCAAGGUCGGAAGGAUCGAGACGGGUGUAGCGGUGGCAGCGUGGGUGAGCGGACAGGCGCUGUGGCUCUCGCAGGCGUACCAGCUCGAGUUCCAGGCAAAACAGGUGUUUGUGCGCGUCUGGGCGAGCGGGCUCGUGCUGUUGGCCAUCCAUGCCGGUCUGCUCGUCUGGUUCCUCUCGUCAUGGGCCAGGUUCCGGGCUGAAAUCCAGAAGCACGGUCUCAAGCUUCGUGACGGCAAGCUGGUCAAGACGCUCAAAUCGCAAUAG